GUACUGCCAACAUUGCUAUGCAGUCUUAGAAAAUGUUAAGAGCUCAUAGCAUCAUGUCCUGUUCGCUGGCUUGAAUACCUAAUUGCCAGGAUUGACACCCAGCUGACUGUCAAAAGCCCACAAGUUGGCAAUACUCAUCCAACAAAAAUGGGGACGGUGGUGAAGUGUGUUAUUACAGGAGCCAGUAUCAAAGCACUUGGACGAGCCAUUCAUUCACUAUCGCGUAUUGGAGAUGAGUUGUAUUUUGAGCCCUUGGAUGAUGGGCUCUGCCUGCGCUCUGUCAACUCUUCCAGAUCAGCUUAUGCCUCUUUCACUUUUGCGCCUCUCUUCUUUCACAGUUAUGAGGCCACAGGUGAAUCGUGCCAUUGUAAAGCUCACAUGAAGUCAGUGGUCAGUGUGUUCCGCUCACUCCCAUCCCUAGAGAAGACUGUAGAGAGAUGCCUGAUCAGCUUGAAUACUACUAAAAGCCGGCUAGUGAUACAGCUUCUGUGCAAAUAUGGUGUUACAAAAACUCACAACUUGUCUUACCAGGACUGUGAGUCCCUGCAGGCUGUGUACAACCCAGAGAGCUGUCACAAUAUUCUAAGGGCCCCAGCUAGACUGCUGUUGGAAGCUGUGGUGCACUUCCCGCCGACGCUCGCAGAAGUGACGUUGAUUGGAAGCCCCUGUGGGAGAGUAACACUGAGGAAUUAUAUAGAAGAGGAAAUAGAUCCGAGUAAAGCAAUGCUAACUGAGCUUUCCCUGAGCAGGGAGGAAUUUCUGGUGUUUCAGGUGCAGAAGCAGAGCGAGAUCACUUUCUGUCUGCGCGAGUUCCGGGGUCUGUUGUUUUUUGCAGAGUCUACUAAUCUUCCAGUCUCCAUAUACUUUGACAGUGCUGGCAGCCCUGCAGUGUUCAGUGUGGAUGACACAGUCCUUGAAGCUCACUUUGUUCUUGCUACCCUCUCAGAAACAGACCAUGCAUCAUCUCAAAGCCACAGACCUCUGCAGCCCACUGAUGAUGACUUUCAGGGAGAUGACAUUGAUUAUAUGAUUGCCAUGGAAACCACACUUGCUGCCUCAUCUCCUCCAUUUUGUAGUACAACCUACGCCAAUUGCCCAGUCUUGAGCCCUGCCCAUGAGGAGCCACCUCCACCACUUGAAAAUGAUGAGGAGCCAGAGAGGGAAAUCGAUGGAACACCACCUAACAAAAAGUUUCGUUCCCUUUUCUUUGGGUCUGUUCUUGCAAGAUCCGAUCAGACAAAUCAAGUUGUUCUAGCUGAGGACAGUGACGGAGAGUCCUAAUAGAGAAGUGGUUCCAAGUUGAAUGCACUGCCCAUAAAUUGAGUUUCCUGAAUUAUUCCACUUGUUGCUCUGGCCUUGAUAUCAUACAUAACUGCUCCUUUUUGCUUUGGUGCUGCACAUGAAGAGAUGGUAUGUUUUAAAGAAAGUGUAUAUAUGUGAAAGUGUAUAUAUUAUUUUUUGACUUUUUUUUUCUUACGUAAAAAUUUAAAUCUCACAUGUAUUAUCAUUAUGUAUAUGUCACAGCUGUACUGUGCUAGUGAAGUGGUGGUGUUAAAUACUAGGCCCAGUUCUAUGGAAUGGAAUUUUAAACUCUCUACAUAUGUAAACUCAGAAAUGUACAUUGUUGGACAUUGCACAAACAAUGACCGCAGUAUGGCAUUGUGCAACAGCAGGGAAUACCCUCAUCUACGUAAGAGACAUGGAGGAAACAUUCAUUUCACAAGCAAUUAUUUGUCCCUUACUGUGAAAUAAAAUGGGAUUGUUUAACUC